CAGGUCCCACCGCGGACUACAUUUCCCAGAAACUUCCGCGCACUCAAAGCAGCCCCUUCUUUUGCCUGCGGGACCCUCGUUGUCCGGGGACGGGAAAGUGCGCGGGGAGCGGCCUAGACCCUUGUGAGGCUCCGCAGCUCUGCCCCUCCAGAAGUACCCAGUGGAGAAAAGAGGAAUGGCUGUGGACCAAGCCAAAUACAAGAAAUCGAUGGUAUUCAGCGACGUGUCCCUGGACUUCUCUCAGGAGGAGUGGGAGUGCCUGGGCCCUGCUCAGAGGGACUUGUACAGAGAUGUGAUGCUGGAGAACUACAGCAAACUGCUUUCCGUGGGACUUCACGUUCCCAAGCCUCAGGUGAUCUCUUUAUUGGAGCAAGGCAAAGAGCCCUGGAUGAUUGGCAAAGAGCUUACAAGAGGCCUGUGCUCAGCUCUAGAGUCCAUGUGUGAAAGCAAGUUAUUAUCUCUGAAGAAGGAAGUUUAUGAAAUAGAGUCGUGCCAGAGGGAGCUAAUGGGACUUAAGAAGCAUGGCCUCGAGUACUCCAGUUUUAGAGACGUUCUGGAAUGUGGAAGCCAAUUGCAAUAUCAAAGUGACCAUUUAAGCCAAGAAAUACUCAGUCGUGAGUACAUGCCCACAUUUGUUCAACAGACUUUCCUUACCCUACAACAGAUUGUUAAUAAUGGUGAGAAGCCCUAUGAGUGUAAGAAAUGUAGGAAGGUCUUUACGCAGAACUCACAGUUCAUGCAACAUCAGAGACUUCAUAUUGGUGAAAAGUCCUACGAAUGUAAGGAGUGUGGGAAAUUCUUCAGUUGUGGUUCGCAUGUCACUCGUCAUCUGAAAAUUCACACUGGUGAGAAACCAUUUGAGUGUAAGGACUGUGGGAAGGCCUUCAGUUGUAGCUCAUACCUUUCUCAGCACCAGAGGAUACACACUGGUAAGAAACCUUACGAGUGUAAGGACUGUGGAAAAGCCUUUAGCUAUUGUUCAAAUCUUAUCGACCAUCAGCGAAUUCACACUGGUGAGAAGCCUUAUGCAUGCAAAGUGUGUGGGAAAGCUUUUACAAAGAGCUCACAACUUUUCCAACACGUGCGAGUUCACACAGGUGAGAAGCCUUAUGAAUGCAAGGAAUGUGGCAAAGCCUUUACUCAGAGCUCAAAGCUCGUUCAGCACCAGAGAACCCACACUGGGGAGAAACCCUAUGAGUGCAAGGAGUGUGGGAAGGCCUUUAGUAGUGGCUCGGCGCUUACAAACCACCAGAGAAUCCACACCGGGGAGAAACCCUACGAGUGUAAGGAGUGUGGGAAGGCCUUCACUCAGAGCUCACAGCUUCGGCAGCAUCAAAGAAUCCAUGCUGGUGAGAAGCCCUUCGAGUGCCUUGAAUGUGGGAAGGCCUUUACCCAAAACUCACAGCUUUUUCAGCACCAGAGAGUCCACUCAGAUGAAAAACCUUAUGAAUGUAAGAAAUGUGGCAAGGCUUUUAAUAAAUGCUCAAACCUUACCCGCCAUCUGAGAAUUCAUAGUGGAGACAAGCCCUUUAGCUGUAAGGAAUGUGGGAAGACAUUCAGUAAUGACUCAGACCUUGUUCGCCAUCAGGAAAUUCACGCUAAUGAAUAAUAAAAAUUCAUAUUUGAGAGUUACUUUCUUGAUGCGGUUGAUUAGGUAUUUAUAUUUUUAAUCAUAACUGUAGGUUAGGGAUUCCGAGUCUGCGUUUGCUCUCUUCUCCCACCCCAGUGCUAGGUGCCUAAUCGCCCUUUAUUUCUCCAUUGCUGGGCUUUGUAGUACCGUUGUUUAUAUUUUCUUACAGUUUUAGGACUGUCUUUUAUCAUCUUCUAAACUGUUUUUGAUGUUUGCACUAAUAUCACAGUGUUUUAAUUGUGUAAUCUGUAGUGAUUUUAAGUUCCUUAUAGAAUUCCAGUGUUGAUUUGAGGCAUGUCAGUCUUUUUGCUAUAUUUCAUGAGCUUUAUUUUUAUUGUAAGUGGAAAAAAAAAUGAGAAAACUAGAAAAUCCAAAGCUGAAACAUCAAAAUGAACUGCUAUAUUGAUUGUAGACGACGAUUGUCAGUUUGGUGGAACUAAUUCUGCUGGACUUUAUUUUCUAAAAGCCAUGUAGUUAUGGUAUUUGUGUUCUUCCUUUAUCUGCUUUUAUCAUGCUAGAAACAUUAUAACAAUUGCUUUUCCAGCAAUGAAACGUAUCUUUUAAAUGGCUAUUAUUCAUGUUAUGGUUGCUUCUAAAUUUUUGCAUUUAUAAAAGAAGUCUCCAUUAAUAUGACCCCAAACUUAUGUUUGGAUGUUUGAUGUUUUAUUUCUCUGAAAAUCAAAAGCAUUUCUUUUAAUGCUGAGUUUAUUCCCCUUUUCUUCUUGUAUGCCAUGCUCUUUCUUCCUUUCCAUUAGCCCUAAUCCUAAUGCCAUGGCAGAAAGUGUUAGCAAAGUGUUAUUUUCUCACACAUGGUGAGCACUCGUUCUUUAUCUUACAUGUGCGGUCGUGGACAUGCCGUGGUUUGCUGCGAGGACUCGAACUCGUAACUAUAAAGACUGCACAUCUACUCCUAGCAUACAGUAUAGGUCUAAUAAAAGGUUUCUCUGUUAUCAUUA